AUGUCUCUCUCUCGAGCCUUCACGAAGCGCGUCCGACGCAAUGUCGAGCAACAGGCACCGAUGAUGCGUAGCACAACCGUCAAAUACGCUCCUGGCACCAUCAACCGCAGCCUCAUCUCUUUGCCAACUGAGCUGAUCUCGACAACCAACGUUCAGGCGUUGACGGCGCCUGACAUUCGGAGCACCUCGGGGUCGUCAUCAGAGUCGGUCUCGUCUGCGAACGACUCCGACUUCUGUACUAUCGACCGAAGCUUCCUCAACAACACGGGCAGCGAUACUUCCUCUGUUGCCAGUAGCGGUCCCGCAACUCCUGUCACACCUGCAACAGACUCCAAACCGUUCUUCGAUCUGAAGCAGAUGUCCCCCAUGCUUCCUUCGGUCAUGUCACCCAGCCUUGACAUCCCCGCCCUCCCGCAAAGAAGCCCGUCCCAUUCAAAGAAAGCUCAUGUUGAGUUGUCACGAAAGCUAUCUAUUCAACGCCUCUCACCACCUCCCACAAGCAUUACCAAGCCCGCCAUGCGAGACGCUGUUGAGUCUUCCAUGCUGUCUCCUCACCCAUUCGGAAAGGAACUCGCACAGGUCAACGAAGUCGCUGAAGAGUUCGGCGCUACGGCACGGAUCCUGGACGAGGAAGAGCAAGAAAUCCUGAGCAAGGGCCUGCACAAGUUCGGAGUGGAAGACUAUCUCGAUGAGAUCGCAGGCUUGUACGGCGGUAUUUUCGAUGACAAGCUGGGACCAAUGUCCAAUCCGUGGAUCUAA